AUGGGCCCCUGUACCGCCUCCUCAUGCUGCUGCCAGGCCCGUAAUCUGCCAUGGGCCCCCGUACCGACUCCUCAUGCUGCUGCCAGGCCCGUAAUCUGUCAUGGGCCCCUGUACCGCCUCCUCAUGCUGCUGCCAGGUCCAGAGUGUGUCAUGGGUCCCUGUACGGCCUCCCAUUGCUGCUGUCUCCAUCGCCACACUCUGCCAUGUGCCACUUUCAGGUCUCCUCACACUGCUGGUGGGUUCCAUUUUGUCAUAGGGUGCUGUAUGGCCUCCCAUUGCUGCUGCCUCCACCGCCACACUGUGGCUCCACACUCUGGUUUUGGCCCCGUGACUUCCCAAAUGAGUGAAGUGUGCGGUGAUUCUAAGAUCGACGGCACUCAUCUGCAUGUCAUACUGACUGACAGUAUUAUUUCUCUUCCCCAGCAGACUCCAAGGGCAUUUAAAUUAAAGGUACAGUGUUCUGCACUAAUAUAA